UUUUUUUUUAAGAAAACCACAAUUUUUUGCCUCAAUUUAUUCACCUACUGAGAUAUAUCUACMUUAUUCUCUUCUUGCAUCGGUCGGGUCCAGCUUUAUCAGAGCCUCCAGCACCGUCCGUGAACACGCUACAGACAGGCGGAGCCGAGGCGAGGGUUGUGAURAGGUCGCCCCGCGGAAGGGUUUGCGUAACGUUGAUUUGUUUUUAAUCUACAGACUGCUUUCAGCUUUUUGGGUGUACUCCUUCAAAACAACGUGGUUUUUGUGAAGAAAAACGCAGAGAGAGGGAGAGAAAGGAAAACUACAGGAGGGGCUGAGGGGAAUCGCUGAAUAUCCAUGAGCUCCGAUUUCCCACACUACAGUUUCAGGAUGCCAAAUAUAGGGUUCCAGAACCUUCCCCUCAAUAUCUACAUUGUGGUUUUUGGGACAGCCAUCUUUGUCUUCAUCCUCAGCCUCCUCUUCUGCUGCUACCUGAUAAGGUUACGGCACCAGGCACACAAAGAGCUGUAUGCAUACAAACAAGUUAUUCAAAAGGAAAAAGUCAAAGAGUUAAACUUACAUGAGAUAUGUGCAGUGUGCUUGGAGGAGUUUAAACAGAAAGACGAGCUGGGGAUUUGUCCGUGUAAACAUGCCUUUCAUCGGAAAUGCCUCAUUAAGUGGUUGGAGGUGAGGAAAGUGUGCCCGCUGUGCAACAUGCCCGUCCUGCAGCUCGCCCAGCAGGCGGGCGCCCCGCCGGACCCCCCCGGGCCCGUUCAGCAGCCUUUACCUGGCGUGGAGAAUCUGGUGUAGCUGUACAUCCAGCCUCCUGUCACAGUACACAACAGACGCACAGAAAUCCACCCCAACACGCUCACCUUUAUAAAGGUGCAMUUUGGUUUGAGUGUGUGAAGAGACUGGAAAAAAACAACAAAAACUGGAGUUACUGCACAUAAAAAAACAUCACAAACUGUGAUUUUAGCAGCUGCUAUCACUUUUUUUAAAAUAUUAGCAUCCGUUAGAAGAUAAAACGAUGGAUUUCCUUCAUCAGAGCUGACGGAUAAUCAGCUGCUCUCAUUUUUUAUUUUUGUUUCAAGGACAAUGAAGUCGAGCUGAUAUAGAAGAAGUUUUCUUUUGUCACUUUUUCACAACCAAAGCGCUUUUCUGGAGGACACAGAUGAAAGACCAGGAGGAAGAAAUCACAAAAGCCAAGAACUUCAUCACACUAAAUAUUUUCUUUUUAUUCUUUUAAAAACAAGCACUUUAUAAAAAGGCAAACCUUCAUUUGCUUGUGGCUCUGAGUCCCAAUGUAGUUCUAUAUUUUUUCUUUAAUAUUAUAUCCUUAACUAUUAUUUUUGCGUGUUGCAGUUUUCAUUUCCAAUUGAUUAACUUCUUUUUUUUUUGUCUUUCUAAUAUAUCUUAAAGGGACAAUAACGGCGACCAUGGUGGAGAGCACUGGGUUGUGUACAGAAACAACGAACAACUUAAAAAAAGUCUAACUGUGAAAUAUAACAUUUUUAAGAAAAACACAAAAGUACUCUGUUCUCCAGGCAUUAUUCCUGUUUGUUUUUUAUUAUUUAUUUUUUUAUUCAGGAUCUCACCAAUAGAAAACAACGUUUCUGAGUUCUUACUGUGAUUUUUAACCAGUGUUACUGCCCGUACCGUUCUGCUUUGUCUCGAAACUCUGGCACAGAACAAACACCUGCAGUUUUACAACAAUUAACAUUUCUGAGGUGAUUUGAAGAUKUUUAAUUGCUCUGCUGCUGCUUUUCUUUUUACUCAUUAAUGUAAYGGUGAAUAGCUUCAGGUUAAAGUUUCUAUAUUCGAAAAAAAUACGAAAACAGAUCAAGAAAUGUUAAAUCUUUAAACAAAACUGCAAAAGUCACACAGCACAUCUURCAACAAACUGACUUUUGGAACAAAUUCCUUCCUCAAAGUGUACUGAAAGCCUUGUUACUGUUCUACCCUGUCAGAGUACAUCUAUUUAUUACUCUUUCUUUUUAUUUAUCAUCAUUUCUUGGUACUGCUGCUUUGAGAGGAUGGGUUAUUGGAUUGAAAGCAUGAGUUGCAGCCCCCAGCGUGCGCUCAGCGGGUCUGUUGGGUCGACAGCUGGAGCUGCAGAACUCUGUUGUCAGCAGGUUGAGAAGAAGCGGCGUUUUCAUCCACGCAGACACACGGCUCCGUUCAGCUUUUAUGGCUGCUCUGUUCUGGUGCUUUCGCCUCUGUGUCUCUUUCUGUACGGUACACGGUGCUUUUUGUUCACCUCUGAGCCCUGCAUUUUUUUUGUUUUGUUUUGUUUGCUGCAUUUAGUUAAAGUUUAUUGUUACUGCUUUGAAAAGCUUUAUUAUGGGAUCCCCAGUGACAUCAGGGGGGAAAAUAGCUUCUCCGUGGCUACAAAUAAAGUGGAUAUCAUAAUGGAUUCUAAGAUUUAAAUAAAGUUAAAUCAAAUUUAUGCUUGCUAAAUGUGCAGUCAUAACCUUAAAGGACAUUGUUCACUAUCGGAUCACCGUUCUGUAUCUUGUAUUCACAAUUAUGUUAACAGCUUCCACAUUCAGACAUUAAUGACUAUCAUGCAGUAAAUAUUUAAUGCAAGUCUAUAAUUAAUUGUCUUUUGCAGACGUAAGUAACUUGUGGCCACAGAGAAUUAUUUAUUCCCACUGAUGUCACACAGGAGUCUGUGUUUCACAGUGAUGGAUGUAAGAUAAGUCAGAGAUAGACGGUCAUAUAUAAACCUGUUUAUUACACAAUCUCUGAAAAGCCCCACUUUUAAAAGAACAAAGCUUUCUAUGAAAAUUACCACAAUAAAUAUUUAGAUUUUGAUUAAAAUGAGAAUUCACUGUUUUAACGAGGGUUGUAUUGCAUAACGUUUAUUAAUUUAGUAAUUAAUAGUGAAAAUUAUUCAUGUAAAUAAAAUUGUGCUGAUAAGUGGGAAAAAUGUUCAUAUUUAAAGAUUUGCCUAUUUACAUUUCUCACYACGCCACUGGUUGACUUUAACCCCCUGAUUUUUUUUAACAUCACUUCUAGUCGGCUAAUAAUUUCUUCAUGUGUCAGAAAGCGGUGGUCACUCUUCCUCUGCUUUGAAUGUUUGCUCCUCUGUUGAAUUGUCUUCAGAGAACGCAGCGAGGCGGCAGCAAAUGCAGGGUUUGUUCAUUAAAUCUGGUGCAGUUUUAUCACACAAAUGCAGAAACAGGAAUUAWUGCUCAUUUUUAAGAAGCCUUGCACCCACCCUUUUGUUAUAAACACAAAACUGCCACGGUUACAAAGAAUCUGUACUGAAUUYCAUCCUAUUUGCCAAACCUCUGUUAGAAAUAUCUUGUAUUGAAGAAAGAACAAAACUGAA